AUGGAGAAUCUGACAAUAUCAGACUCUCCCCAGCCGGGGCCGCCCCGCGCCGGCGGCGGUCCCCAGGGUGCCCCGGGCCCUAUGCUCGGCGGUCCUCCCCCGCCACCGCAGCAGCCUCAGCUCCCUGCGCAGAUGUUCACGACAGCCGCGCAGCUUCUCGACCUCACGGACAAGAAACUCAUGAUUGUUCUAAGAGAUGGCAAGAAGAUGACCGGCAUCCUCCGCAGCUGGGACCAGUUUGCCAACCUCGUACUGCAGUCUGCUGUCGAGCGCAAAUUUGUCCCGCCAGAGCUCGCACCUGACAACGGCGCACCCGGCGGCGCCGAGAAGCGCGGUCUCUACGCUGACUUCCCUCUCGGCACUUACAUCGUCCGAGGUGAGAACGUCUUGCUACUCGGCGAGAUUGAUCUCGACAAGGACGACGAGGACCCCGUCGGUUACGACAGGGCCGAAUAUGAGCUGGUCAAGUCGAUAUUGGAGUCCAAGGCCGCCGCAGACAAGUCCAAGGAGAAGAACAAGAUCAAGAAGCUGGCCAGCAUAGGCUUUGAGGGCGAGAACAUGGGCGAGAUCCUACUGUGA